GGGUUUUUAGGGCGAAAAAAGGUAAAUUAAUUGCAUAGCUGGUAACUCGGCCUCCUCUCCAUCGUCCAUGGCGAGGGGAGAGCAGCGGAUGUAACGUCAUGUAUGUGACAAAACAGUAAACAUGGCUGCCGUUCAGGUGCGGGCAUUGUACAACUUUGAUGCUCAGCCAGGCACAGGCGAGCUAAGCAUCAAGGAAGGAGAACUGUUGACAGUACUAAGAAGAGAUGUUGGGGAAGGUUGGUGGGAGGGGACUAAUUCACAGGGGGAGGCUGGGCUCUUCCCUGCAGCCUAUGUGGAGGAUGUAGUAUCAUCAACGCCGCCGCCAAUGCCCCCUCCACCUCUGCCAGCUGAGUAUGCUAACACAGGAUCUGAAUGGAGUGAUGGGUGGUCUAGUUUUGGUGGUGGUGGCGGUGGUAAUGGUGGCGGUGGUAAUGGUGGUGGUGGUAAUACUUGGAAUACAACUGCGCAGCCUGCUGAAACCGAAGGAAAAAGACCUGUAUCACAACAGAUGAGCCAGGACGAUGACUGGGACGAUGAUUGGGAUGAUGAUGAUUCGGAAACGGGGACAGGUAGUAUGAAUGGAGCCGGAAAUUUUGGUCUGCAUGCCCCCAAUAGGGCUGCCAGGCCAGCAAGUAGUGUCGGAGACAUAAGUACAGCAGGUCGAGAUGGUCGUGGGACUGUCAAGAAGAGCCUCAAUCGCUUCUCCAAUCUUGCUAAAAGUGGUGUGGAAGACUUCCUUGUGGGUGCUGGAAAGGCUUCAGUGGAUGAGAAAGAGAAGGUGUUUAUUGAAGAAUUUGGCAAUGGCCCCUGCUGGCGGGGCAAUCCACAUGAAUUUACUUGUGCCAUCUCGUCUCCCAAGAAAGAAUCAAAGUUCCAUGGGAUGAAAAGUUUCAUUGCUUACACAAUUAUGCCUUCAUUUUCAACAAAUCCAGUGUCAAGGAGGUACAAGCAUUUUGACUGGAUACAGGCCCGACUCAGUGAUAAAUUUCCUCUGAUUCUACCUCCAUUACCAGAAAAGCAGAUAUCAGGCCGUUUUGAAGAUGAUCUAAUAGAGUACCGAAUGACAAUGCUGCAGUCGUGGAUAGAUAGAAUAUGUCGCCAUCCUGUGAUAUCACAAAGUGAAGUCUUCCAUCACUUUGUCACCUGUCCAAAUGAUGAAAAGAAAUGGAAAGCGGGUAAAAGAAAGGCAGAGAGUGACAAGCUUGUUGGUGCAAACUUCUACUUGGCUAUUGAACGACCAGACCAAUCAUUGGAUGUACUGCAGACGGAAAAUAAACUUGAAGGCUAUAACCGAUUCUUUAAUAAUCUGGAUGAAGCUGUCAAGUUGCUUCAGAACACUUGCAUUGACCAAGGAAAGAAACAUCAAACUGCCUACAAACGAGAAUUCAACAAAAUUAGUCAUUCCUUUUCGAAAUUGAGUCGAGCAUUUGAUACAGAUCCAUCUAAUUGUGCACCAGAAUUGACAGAAGCUAUACAUAGUGUCAGUGAAGCAUACUCUGACAUAGGAACUGUUUAUGAUGAGGAGCCUAGACAUGACUGGGACCCUCUGUGUCACCUUUUGUUUGAAUAUCGAGGACUUAUUGAGGGAUUUCCCAAUGUCAUUUCUGCUACAAAGGGAGCCAUUGCAAAGAGAAGGCAAGUUGAAAAGGAAGCUAAUGAAGGUAGGCUGGAUCACGAUCAGGUUCCUCCAAUGAUCAAGCGUUCUGAUACAAUUGCUUACGCUUUACAUGCAGAAGUAGCUCACUUCCAUCAAGAACGAACCAGGGACUUCAAGAAAGCAAUGGUAUCUUUCUUGACUGAACAAAUCAAUUUUUAUCAGAAGAUUACCGACCGACUACGAGAAAGCCUGGAAGCCUUCAAUAAUGUAUAAUCGAUCGUCAUUUUUAGAAUUUUGAGAAUUUAAGGAGGCAUUGUAAAGCCUCUUACUGUUACACAGUACCAAGAAUUCCUUUGUUGUUUUUAAGAUGAUUUGUUUCGAUUGUUGUUAAUUUAAACAGUAAAUGAGAUGGAUACUUCACAUAGCAGAAAAUUAAUAAGGUUUACUGGAGAUCAGGUAGUGUGUAUUUAAGUCAUUCAAAGUUUACUCUUGAUUCAGAAUUGGCCUGGUAAGUUUUUUCUUUAUUUUCAUGACUAGGAAAUCAUGUACUUAAAAUUUUUACGUGCUUAUUGGCGCUUUUGUUGACAUAAAAAGCAGGGAUGAAUUGAGGCCAUUGAAUCUGAGUUGGUUUUUAUCUGAAUUUUUUUUUUAUUGAAGUUCUGCUAUGUGGAGGACAUUUUCAUGGCUGCAUAUGCUCAAUAUUUAUAAUUUUGAUGAUUGAGCUUCAUAGGAGUGAUUUGUUUGUGACUAGAUCUUCUUUGAAAAGUGGCUUAAAAUCAGAGAAUGGUGCUGUUCAUAACGAACUCCUACAUUAUUUUAGAAGACAAAUGAAAAUUAUUGUAGGAUUGCUGUGAAUCAGGUUAAACAUUUUAGAAAAUUCUGUUAUGCUGAAAGUGAGCAAUUGCUCAGCCUUGUGUUUUCAGAAUGAAAAUGAGAAUAGACAAUUUAGUUGUUUAACAAGGUUGCCUGAAGGGUACAGUUGUGGUGUAACUCAAGUUUCAAGUCUUAACAACAUCAAUUAUAAGCUUUUUUGAGAUACUUGAUGCAGAGGCCAUUACGUAUUUUUACCACUUCUAAAUUUUUAGUCGUACAAAUUUUUAAGACUUGUAUAACCAUACCAAGCAUACUUUUACAGAAUACAAGAUUUUACACUUACACAGAACGAUUGCGCAGAAUGAGGGGUAAGGAUGUAGAUUCCAGUGAAUUUAUCAUAAGAUCUUGAGAAUUUUUGAGAAAGGAAUAAGAUUAUACUUUUAACACGUCAGUGGAAGGAAAUGAACCAUAGGAGUUGCAAUGUCAUGAAUUUCAGAAGCUACUGCCAAGGUUUAGAAUAACCUGUUAGUACAGAAUCCCAUCCAACUUCAACAUCGAGUUUGUUGUGUAUUUGGUAGUAGUAUAUUUUAGUCUCCCAUGUAAAACAUAGAAACACUAAGGCUUACGGAUGUGAUGUUAAUUAAACGUGUGACAGCAGUGAAUAUUUCCCAAAAUUCCUCCAUUGACAUGCUCAGUAAUUGUCUUGCUCCUCUUUCUUAUUAUCCCUUGGUUUAUCUAGUCUGGAGAUGGGUUAGUUUAUGUGCAGCAUGCAACAAAUUAGAACCUUGUAAGUCUCUAGAACCUAAUUUAAGACACUAAAUGGUAACAAAAAUACUCUUUAAUACCCUAUGCGUUAUAAAAAAAUAUUUUGUUGAGGAGGAAUGGUCUCCUACCCAGUCAUUUCAUAUAAGUUAAGAGGUGUGUACGGUGGACUGGAGCAUUUCCACUAUUUUGGUUUAGUAUUUAGCACUUUCAGUAUAGAAUAGCUAUUAAUUUGAGCUUCAAUCAUUUAUCAGGUUAAUAUCCACCCCAUCAAGUUGUAAUGGCUACUUCUUGGGUGAGAGCAGAUUCACUGUAAAAAAAUUAAGGCAAAAAAUUUCACAUAUACAGUACUGAAUUGUAUGGAAGAUAUAGUUGGUUUGCUCUUUGAUGUUCGGCUGUUAUAGAGUUUUUUAUAACUGAAAAGUGAUUUAUGCAGGUCACUGUUAAUUGACAGUGUCACAGAAAAUGCAUCGCUGGUCUUCUAUUUUCUACAAAGCCUUUAGAUUUAUCCUCAUGAUUUAUUGUAUAUUAAGCCAUUAUCAUAUGUACCUCAUUGAAUUUUGUCAUUCAGUGGUAUACCCAGAUAUAUAUAAUCAUACAUUCCCACAAAUUUAUGUAAAAUGCUAAAUUGCUCAUGGUAUUCAGCAUCAUGCAAACUGUUUUGCAUAAAUUAGUAGUCAUCAACCAAUAAUGCUCUAUAUACAAGUGAAUUUCUGCUGUUAGAGUAGAUCGUCAUAUUCACUUCUUGCAAAGUGCUCCUUCAUAAGAUUAAAUUUUUAGAUAAACCUUUUUUGACAGGAAUUUGUACAAUCUGCUAGACACAACUAAGAAAAGCUGAAUAACAUUAUUAAGUUAAGAGGGUAGGUAUUUGAACCAAAGAUGUGUGUGAUAACAUUCUAAAAGUCUUGUGUGAUUAAAUUAAAAAUUAAUUUUUCUAAACUAUUAAACCCAUGCCAUAAAGUAAUAGACCAGGACAUUAUAUUGGGAAGGAGAAUUGCAUAUCUUCAUUUCAUGAUUGUAUGUUGCUGGACUCCCACUUCUAAUUUGAAGGUUUGUUAAUUGGUCUGAAAUCACCCAUACUCUAUUGUCUUAUUUAUGAAUGUUUGAAUUAAGUUUGUUGACAGUACUGAUUUCUAUGUGUAGUUGUAGAAACACUUCCUUAUACACCUUCAUGCUGUAUUGUAUGUCUUGUGAAGUGUUGAUUUUAGUCAAGUGCCUUAAUAUUCAUAUACUUAGCUUUUUUAUACAUUCAUUAAACUUUCCAGAAAUCCUAUGCUUGUGAAGAUCUAGUGAGGCUCAUAUUUAUCAGUAUUUUAUGUUAAUCUAAAUCUGUGCAAUCUAUAUCUUGGCUUUUAAUUGCAGGAUCUUAAUUUGUUUUUAACUUUUUCACUCUAAUCUUAAUGGUGAUGAAGAAUUACUGGAGAAAGAUAUGCAACUUAAUGUAGGUGUAUUUAUUUUCCUUUAAUGACUGUUGCAGUGGAUAGGGGUUUCUUAUUCUUCUGCAUUAUUCCUAAUCUCAUUAAAGGUACUAUAUGAAGUUUCACCAGUGUUUAUAAGCUGGACAAUAUUGCUUUUGUGAUUUUGCUUUGCACUAUUUUAUAUUCACUUCAUAUUUUAUCAUUUAGUAAUAUUUAAUGUUUCAUUGUUUCAUAUUGUAUAUUAUAUUUAGUGCUUUAAAGUGUAUCGAUGGAUAUUUAAGGGGCCAAGUUUUAAUAAUGAGUUUUAAGUUGAUUUAGUGAACCCAAAAUGUUCCCUUACCUCAGUACAAUUGUUCUCUUGAGUUAUUUUGUAAUAGUUAUGGAAUCGGCAUCAGUGAAUGGUCUGUAAUUGCAUUGGGGUCAGGCUGAAUAUUCCACUCUUGACUGUUUGGUCAUGUGCGUUGUGAUUGAGCAUUCUGGUUUCCUGGAUCCUUUUGUCAGGUCUGUAUGAAAUUUAUAAGUUCCUAUCCGCAGAAACAUUAAUUUUACUAGAGUAAUAUUCCUCUUCACCUGUUGUGAAGAGGACUUUUAUCAGAAUUCUCUUUAUAAUUAAAGCAAAAAUUGAUGUGGUUCCAAUUUGGUACAAGUGAAGGAAAAAUCUUGUUUGUUGGAGUCUUAUUUAUUUAUUUUUUUUGCAGAAAAAAUGUAUAUGUGAGCAAUACUUGCAUGAUUUGAUUAGUCUGGGAAGUCUUGGUGCUAUGAAAUGUAUAUUGUGAAUUAACUGUAUUUCAGCUCUCAUGAUUACUGUAUACAUUAUUGAUAAGUAAUGUUUUCCAUGAAAGGUUAGGUUGUAUUUAUUUUUUUUUUUUUUUACGGCUUUGCUAAAUUGGCUUUAUUAUUCUUGGUCGACGUUAUGUGCAAGAAUGUGUUGGGUUUACACUUAUUUAAACCAUCAUUACUUGCAAGAAUAAUUAUUUAAACCAUAAUUACUUGCAAGAUUAAUUAUUUAAACCAUCAUUGCUUGCAAGAUUGUGUUGGGUUUAUAAUUAUUUAAACUGUCGUUACUUGAACUGUGUGUUGGGUUUAUAAUUAUUUAAAAAGUUUUUUUUUUUUUCUUAAUCCGAUACAUCCACAGGAGGAUUUUUCAUUAGUGAAACUUGGCAAUCAAGAUGGCAAUGAAGUUACCCAUAUUUUUUCAUUUUUAUGUUCCUGUUCACUUAUCAAAAUAGUAUAUUGAAAUUAGUAUUAUGGAAUAUAUAUAUAUUUCAAAUAUCUUAAGGGAGAACUUCCCAUACAGUAGUGUGAAGUUUAAAAAGUCAAUACAUUGGGCUAUUGUGGCUCUCACAUUUAUAUUUUCAUUAUUUUUAGAGCAGUAUUGAUUUUACUGAAGCUGAAAUGAGACGCAAUUUCUGAUGCCUUCAUAUGAAGUGAGAACAAACUGUUCCUGCUUAGAGUUUUUGUUAGUGGAGAGACCAAAACAUUGUAGUACAAAUCCACUGUUAGAAGCAGUGGGCUAGUCCUUAGAGGCUACUCUGUACUGGUCCUAGGUGAGUUAAAUAAGGUAGAUAAUGAUUGUACCGUUGGACAUUGUGAAAAAUUUAAAAGCAUUUUUCUAAAUUGACAGUACUGCAUAGUAGUACGUACAUAUAAAUGUGAGAGUUGGCUUUGAAUAUUUUGUUAAAUGUGCCAGUAUGACUUAAGAAAUCAACAAUGCUUUGUAGUUCUAAGAGUACUAAAGCUGAUUUUUUUUUUCAGUUGAAUUUUUAGAUUAUGUACAUAAUAAAGAGCUAUAUACACAUUUUAGUAUUAAAUUACUUUAGCUAGGUCUUACAGAAUUGCCUCCCUAAUCCCUCGAUAUUUUGUCUCCCAAGAAUUCAGUGGUUAUUUAUGCAGGCCAUUUGUACCAAUUAGGUUUGUUGUUUAUAAUGCAUUUGGGGUUUGUUCCUAAGCACUAGGAGGAUUUUUAACAAAUUGCAAAGUCAGUUUUAUUGUCAUUAUUCAUUUCAAUUAGUAAAAUAUAUUUCAGUGCAAUUAGACAACUAGAAAACUUAAAACUUUUGUAUAUCAUAAGUAGAACUACUUUCAUAUAUCACAAGUAGAACUUCUAAGAUGAGAUUAAAUGUCAUUGGUCUCGGUAUUUAGUGAGCCGAGAGGAGGAGCUCUUUACACUUGUGCAGCUAACUGCUCCAAUAAAAUUUGAAUCCAGUGAAUAUUGUGAAACUGUUUCAAUCUUUAUUUUGAUUGCCAAACACUGCUCAUAACUUGUGGUACAGUAAGAUAAGUAUAUUUUCAAAUGUAACAUUGUAAUAUAUUAACUUUUUAAUUGUUGUGAUAUAGGUUGUUAAUUGAAACUAAAACAUAAGCACCUAUAAACUUAAAAUUAAAAGAACCUCUUGUUGCAUACAAUUUUACUGCAAGCAAGAAUUCUUUACCAGUUAAAGUGAGAGAAUGCUUUCAAUUCAUAUUAAGAUAGUUUUGAAACUGUCGAAGUAUGAGUGGUUUUGGAGGUUGAUUUUGCCGUGUAUAUAGACAGGGUGGUGCACUGAGCCUGUUUCUUGACUAAUAACUGAAUAAAUUGUCAUUUACAAAGCCAUAGGGAAUUGCAAGAGCUUUAUACAGAUGUAUAGCCCAUGAAACUGUGAUGAAAGAAACCUUUUGAUGUACUGAAUGAGUCUGUCCAGCACAAACUGGUACAUUGUUGUCAAGCAGCUUUUCCAUUUUAAUAGACGAAACAUUUCGGUGUCAGUAAGACCGCAGCUUUUAUAGCUACUAUAUAUUUUUUUAAAGCUACAAGACGGUUUAGAAUUUUGAUAGCACUAGAUCUUCCAGUCAUGUUAAUGUAAUUCUGUUAGAUUGUAAAGCACUGUGCUGUAAAUUAUGUAAUUAAUUUCAUCUGGUAUAUAUAAGUAAUGUAAACUGAUAAAAAUAUUAUGCUUCGAACUGUGAAUAUAUGUAAUAAAGUUUUGUCACUAUA